AUGGACCGGUGCGCGGAGACGAGCUGGAUGAUGAACAUGGGCCCCGCGAAGGGCGACCUCAUCGAGGCCGCGGUGCGCCGGAAGCGGCCGCGGCGCGUGUUGGAGAUCGGCACGUUUUUAGGCUACAUGUCGAUCCGCCUCGCGCGGUCCAUGCCGCGCGACGCGACGCUGACGACCAUCGAGGUCGACCGCACCACCUACGACGCGUCGCUGCGCAUCCGCGCGAAGGCGCUCGACGCGGCGACGCUGCGCCGCGUCGACGCCGUCUUCGGCAACGCGUCCGACGUGCUCCCGCGGCUCGGCGCGCCCUUCGACGCCGUGCUCAUGGACCACUGGAAGCCCGACUACGCGCGGGACCUCGAGGCCCUGCGGGCGCGGGGGCUCCUCGCGGACGGCGCGCUCGUCGUCGCGGACAACGUGCUCUUCCCGGGCGCGCCCGAGCUCCUCGACUACCUCGCCGUGCCCUACGUGCGCGGGAGCGACGACGUCUCCGGCCAGGCCUGCCUGGUCGCCGCCUCCGAGGUCGACGCGGCCUACGUGAAGAAGGUCCGGGGCCAGCUCCGCGCGUCGCGCGCGCGGCUCAAGCGCGGCGACGACGUCGCGGACGACGUCGCGGACCUCGAGGCCAAGGUCGACGCGGCGGCCCGCGCGGCCGGCGCGCGGCCGGCCCGGGACGCGUCCUUCCGGUCGCCGAGCUUCGACACGACGCUCGUGCGCUCGCCCUUCGAGUACCGGCCGGACACGCCCGACGGCAUGACCUUCUCCACCUUCGUCCGGGGGCGAUGA